AUGCAUUAUUUUAUUUACAGUGAAACGGAAGCCGCACUCCUGCGUCAGCAGAUUGACUGUCAAGGAUCAGGAGUCCUUUGCCAAAAAUCUGUGAACGAAUAUCAGAGUAACGCACCAGUGCCCAGGGCCAAUCAGAGCCACAAAGAAAGACCUGCCAAGAGCCUGAAGAGACAGUUAGAUAAUGACAUCCUGGUUGAGGAGCCCAGGAACAAGGCAUCCCGAAUUGCAGAGCCCAGCAUUUACACGUAUUGCAUUUCUUUGAAAUGCCUCUCUUGUGUGAACAGCUCCCCAGCAGUGCCAUACUGUACACCCUCCACUCCACCUUAUAGCCCCCAAUCAGACUGCUCCUCUUUCCUGCAGGAGGACUCAAGAUCCCCGUCCUUUUCAAAUGGUUAUUUCUUUGGCAACACCUAUGGCAUUGCAGACGAGUUGUUGCCACUGACUCGAAGCUCUCCUUCCUACUACCCUGGUGAGGUUUCUCUGGUUCCUAACCAUGCUGUAGCUUUAGAACCUUUGCCAGAAAUUGUGGACAGUGCCUUCAGCUUAGGUAGCUUUAGUGGAUCCCAGGUCAUUGCAGAAGAGCUGUCUCCCUCUUGUUAUGAUUUCUCAAGCUGCACUAAUGAUGUCCAACUGGUUCCUGACUGCAUGACAAUGGAGCAUAUGUCUGGAGGUGUAGCAGAUUGCAGUUUUCAUCUUGACAGCUUCAGCACCUCUGAAGACCUUCAAGGCAACUUAGACUCCUAUAUGCCAGACCAGAGCUCUGCUGAAGCUUCUCUGGUUCCUGGAAGCAUGAUGACCCCAGUUCCAUCGCCAACAGCACAGAACAGCUUUCAGUAUAGUGAGACAGAAAAAACAGAGAUCAGCAUUCUCGCAAGGCAGAUCUCCUCCUUAGCUACAAGCUUUGAUGCAUACCAGAGCAUAGACCAAGUUCUGAACAUUCCAUGUGACUUCACAAAUGUGCAAGAACCCCAAAGAGACCAGCAGCAACUGUGCAGCUGGACAGACUCGGUGAUGCUUGAACCUGAAUCUGUCUUGAAUGACGGAGUCUUUGACAGCAUCUUGAAGGAUCUGGCCACAGUUUCAGCAAAGGAAAGCAAUCGAUGCUCCCCCUUUGCUAGCUGUGCUGAUCCUGAACUCAACCCCACGUCUGCUGUCUCAUACAGCAUGGAAAGCAACCAGCUCCUCCUGGACACAAAUACUGUAGAGCCAGCUGACUUGUUGGUAAUGCCACUUGAAGAUGACUUAUCCUUGAACGAGUUCUCCACAGUUCACCCAGCAUUCGACUCCUUCAUGACGAGUUCUGAGUGUGAUGGAUACUGCAAUGAGUUGCAUCAACUCGGUGAAUAUCUGGACCAUAGACUCCAGCAAGAUGGGAGUGUUGAGAAAUCCAUGUACUGA